CCGCAGGAAAUCUGCAUGUUAAAUCCAAGCCAGAGUCGCACUGGAGCUCAUGUUUACAUGAGAGGGCAGAAAGACAGUGUAAGGAGAGCACGGCAGCAUGGCCAGCCGAGUGGAGCAUCCUGCUGCAGGAUACAAGAAGAUUUUUGAUACAGUGGAGGAGCUGAAUGAACCAAUAUCUGCAGAAAUCACAGGGGUUUUCCCAUCAUGGCUGGGGGGAAGUCUCCUCAGGAUGGGUCCGGGGCUUUUCCAGGUGGGAGAGGAACCCUUCUACCACCUGUUUGACGGACAGGCUCUCAUGCACAAGUUUGACCUGAAGAACGGUCAGGUGACCUACUACAGGAAAUACAUCAAGACAGAUGCGUACGUUCGUGCCAUGACGGAAAACAGAGUCGUCAUCACCGAGUUUGGCACUGCGGCCUACCCAGAUCCCUGCAAAAACAUCUUCUCCAGGUUCUUCACUUACUUCAAAGGCAUUGAGGUGACUGAUAACUGUUUGGUGAACAUCUAUCCGAUCGGCGAGGACUUCUACGCCGUCACUGAAACAAACUACAUCACCAAGGUGGAUCCUGAUUCCCUGGAGACAUUAAAGAAGGUGGACCUGUGCAAGUACAUCUCGGUGAACGGGGUGACCGCCCACCCCCACAUCGAAGCAGAUGGUACGGUCUACAAUAUCGGUAACUGCUUUGGCAAGAACUUGAGUCUGGCGUACAACAUUAUUAAGAUCCCGCCUGCACAGGAAGACAAAUCUGACCCCAUUGAGAAAUCCGAAGUUGUAGUUCAGCUCCCCAGCAGCGAGAGGUUAAAACCGUCCUACAUGCACAGUUUUGGUAUGACUGAAAACCAUUUCGUAUUUGUGGAGCAGCCGGUGAAGAUCAACCUGCUGAAGUUCCUGUCAGCUUGGAGCGUCAGAGGAGCCACCUACAUGGACUGUUUUGAAUCGUGUGACAGCAUGGGGACUUGGUUCCAUGUGGCCACCAAGGACCCAGCAGGCUACAUGAGCAGCCACAAGUUCAGGACGUCUGCUUUCAACCUGUUUCAUCACAUCAACGCCUAUGAAGACCAGGGAUUCAUCGUGGUCGACCUCUGCACGUGGAAAGGUCACGACUUUGUGUAUAAUUACCUGUACCUGGCCAACCUGAGGGAAGAGUGGGAGGAGGUGAAGAAAGCAGCGAUGAAAGCUCCUCAGCCUGAGGUCAGACGGUACGUGCUGCCGCUGGAUAUUCACAGGGAGGAGCAGGGAAAGAACCUGGUUUCCCUGCCGUACACCACUGCAACUGCUGUUCUUCACAGCGACGGCACCAUCUGGCUUGAACCUGAAGUUCUGUUUUCUGGACCAAGACAAGCUUUUGAAUUCCCACAGAUCAACUACUCUCAGUAUUCUGGGAAAAAGUACUCCUUCGCCUACGGCCUCGGACUCAACCACUUCAUCCCUGACAGGAUUGUCAAGUUGAACGUGCAGACCAAAGAGACCUGGGUGUGGCAGGAGGAAGAGUGUUACCCAUCAGAGCCGCUGUUUGUGCCAACGCCUGGCGCCACGGAGGAAGAUGACGGUGUGCUGCUGAGUAUCGUGGUGAAGCCGGGUGCAGAGAGGCCAGGAUGCCUGCUGGUGCUGGACGCCAUGAACCUGACGGAGCUCGCUAGGGCCGAGGUCAACACCAUCAUUCCCGUCACUUUGCAUGGGAUGUACAAACCACCACUCCAGUCCCCCUCUGUUCCUUCCAGUUAAGCCGAUGUUCUGCGUAGGAAUGACUCCAAACAGAUCCAGGAGCCCUGGAGUAUACUGGAAAGCAUUUAUCAUGUUGAAAAAUAAUGUGACUCAUUUCAUUUACAUCUCCUAUUACUGAAACUAUACUUGUAAAGACAGAAAUACAAUAAAAUACACAAUAUUUUUGCUGAAGGUAUAUCAAACUACUUUAUAAAAGUAAAAUGAUUAUGCUCCAUUUGAAAUAUUUUUUGGUAGAAUAGACUUGUUUUGAUGUAAGAUUCUGUAA